ACUCUUAUUCUGGUGGGCCUAACGGGAGGUUGCGCUCGCGGGCCUGCCGGUAACUCGACAGUGUUGCUGCUGCUGAGACAUAGCGCGUGAGUGUAUGUGUGGAUGUGUGUGCGGAUGGUGGACUGUUCCCGGUGAAAAACACCGAACCGCGGCCGCGUGAAAAUGCCCGACCGUCGCCUGUAAGCGGGUCAGAGUCGCGGACGGCAGAGUUUCAGGUGUCCAGGCUGCCUUUGAAGGGACAGAAGCGGCAGGAUGUGGCAAGUUCUGGCGUGUGGCGCCGUAGUUUUCCCGGGUCUCUUCUUCGUCUUCAGCAGACUCCUGCCGUGUGUGUUCAGACACUGGAGCGAUGCCGACGUGGUGCUGGUCAGCGAGAGACUUGUGUCCUCCAUCCAUGCCGUCAUGGCAACAACAGUGGGAGUCAUUGUUGUGUCUUCGUGUGCGGGUGACGUCAUUAAUGACAGGCACUGGCUGGCCACGUACUUUGUUAUCUGGUACGGCGUCCCCUACAUGACAUACGACAUCUUCGCCAUGUAUCUUAGUCACUACUACCAUUUCCACGUCAAAGGCCAUGAGGAUUAUAAGCAGCAUUCACUGAGGACCAUAAAGUCCUUCGUCCGCAGAGAAUUCCUGCUGGUGCUGCAUCACAUUGCCCUACUCACCAUCCUUCUGCCUAUCACACUGUUCUACAGGAAGGACCAGGGGGACUUCUUCAUUGGCUGCCUGUUCCUAACAGAGCUCAGCACACCCUUCGUCUCCCUGGGGAAGAUACUUAUCCAGCUCGGCCUCCAGAACUGCUGCCUGCACAAGCUCAAUGGCUGCAUGGUGCUGUUCAUCUUCUUCCUGUGCCGCAUCGCCCUCUUCCCCUUCAUGUACUGGAUGUACGGCCGCCACUACGGCAUCCCGCUUUACAACGUGCCCUUCCACCUGCCGCUGACCACCAACCUCGGCAACUCGUGCAUCCUGGCGCCGCAGGUCUACUGGUUCCUCCUCCUCUGCCGCAAGGGCUACCGUCUGUACAAGCGCAGUCGUAGGCCCGACUUGUCUCCCACGGCCGCCGGCAGUGACGCUUCGAAGGACGAUUGAUCCUCACCAGGUCCCUCUCAGGCCACACACUCAGCUACUAUUGCAACUACUUCUGCAAAGGCCCCAGUUCGACUUACCACCUUUAAUCCCACCAUUGUACUGUAGUAGGCCAGGACUGUCUGCAUCCUGCACAGUUUAACUCCUCUGUUACAAAUCUGUUGCCUCAAAGGACCUCCCCACCGAUCUAAUUCUACAACUGAAGUCUGAGGAUUUAGUUUGUUUUUUUCUUUUCCUAUUUUGUUUUUUUGAUUUGGCUCUAACCUGGAUCUUAUUGAAGUGCUUCACUGCAUCCGUUUGCUUCACAGAGACUAAAACAUGGAGUAAAAUCACCAGAAGAGGAGCUUACAUGGACACACUUAUCGCUUAUUCCCACCGUGGAAGCUCUGUUACAGUGUGUGUGGGUGUGUGUGUGGGUGUGUGAGAGCAACUGUUAUGACAAGUUGUAUUUAUUUUUUAGGUUUUCGUCCAAUGUAUCAGACAGUUGCUUCUUGUAGCGUUUCCUCUUAUUGACAAAGUGGUAAUUAAUUUAGCAGAAGAAAAGGUCAGGAAUACUUCACCUCAUGUAAGAGAUUAAACAGCUGUGUUUGUUACAGUCCUUUAAUGUGAUAUGUUCAGCCUGUGUCAUUAGGCUUUAGUUUCCCAUACAGCUUUCCAGCAUGGCCUCAGUUUCCAAAUUUGCAGCAACAUUUAAACACAAGAUGGUUUCCGUUUUAGUUUCCAAUUCAUUAGCUAGUUAGCCUCUGUGCUGCUGAGUGAAUAAUCUUCAGUUUUCCCCAUCAGUGAAGGUCAUAUUUAAUCAAAUGUUUUGCUCCUAAACUUUAUUUUCUGUUGUGAAAAGUCAUAUCUGGCCUUCAGACCCCAGAGGCCGUAACAGCGAUAAGGUGAUGUGUGUUGCAGGGCAGCGUCAGGGUCACAGCAGUGAUGAUACAGAGAUGAUUUAAGUGUCUGAGUGAACUGCCACAGAAACUGAAGGAGUCGGGAUUAAAAGGACAUCAGGUAAUAGCAUAUAGUUCUGUAGUUUCCUUGAGGCUCCACAGAUUUCUAUAUCUAGUUGAACUGACGGAGUGCGUUACACAGGGCUGAUGAUGUUCAUACUUUUGUUUUAGAUGGACCACUUCUAUCAUGCAAAGCAUGUUCUUUUGUUUUUAUUGGAGUCACAGUUGCAUAAAGACAUUUGACUGAAGGGCAUUAACUUUUGAGGAUACCAUUUCUUUAUAUCAGUUAAUAAAUAGAAUAUUAUUGUCAUUAGUAUUCUGCAGGGUUUGUUUCAUACACAAUCUAGUACAUUUUUUUUGAUCGCUCAAGCUUUAUACUGAGCUGAUUACUACAAUAUGCGUUAAUGGCCUUUUUAUGUUACUGAAAAAUCCAGUCUAUGCAAAAGAGGCUGGGGUGCAUGUACAACACUAAAUCAGGUGGUCUCGGAUUAAUACACACUUCAGUCUGUGAUUCAUUUUUACUGUGCAUUUCUACUCCACAAACGCUGCUGCAGUCGGAAGGCAAUUGUUUUGGCUACAGAUUAUCUUCACCGUUGCUUUGAGUAGUUCAUGUAAUCAUUAUGAUGAUGCACAUCAUGCAUGAGGACACUACAACUGCAGCUCAUUUGACAAGUAGGCGUCGGACAAGGUCACCAUUUCAAACACUCCAGUUUAACAGCGUCUGGCAUAAAAAUACUCCAGUCUGUUUGAAAGCAUACCUCCAAAUCUACUGUCUAAAAGUCGGGCGGUUUCAUAUCUUGUAAAUAACAGUGUCUAAAAAUAUAUCUACAUCUAAUAAUAUAAUGCACCAGAAUAAUCAAGGCUUAAUUCAUCUUUGAAGUAUCAUCUGACUUGACACUGGUGAGAUCAGUGUUGUUGUAAAAAGCGUGCCCUGUGUGGUGAUCUUGUUAGGUUCUGCAGAAAUCUGGUGUUGGAGCAGAAAAGGUGAUAAAUCUCCUUGCUGGCAGGCAGAUGGUCUGUUUGCUGACCAACAGCAUGAGGAUGAGGGAGCAAAGAGAGCCGGGCGCUUGAAUGAUGGGCCCGUUUGUCGGCUUUGGCUGCAGCCCAGGAGAGUCACGCCUCUUUUGUCUGUGGUUCACCGGGCUGCUGUUACUGGAAAUAGACUCUUUGUUCUGUUCUGCGUUCAGCUGACUGUCCUGUUUUAAACAUCCUCAGCCGUUUACAUUCACUCGUCUCUGCUUGCGGUUCCGUUGAACUCUAAACGAAACCACUGGGUGAAACGGAGACAAGGUUGUCAACAUAGCGUUAGUUACCUUCUAAACAUGUAGUGUUUGUAAGAGUUUGUGAAAGGUCUCAUUUCCUCAAACCCAAUGGCCGUCGCUUUAGUCAAGGGUGUUUAUUUUUGUAUGAAUCAGAACUGCAGCUCAUUCCUUUAAAGUGAAAGACACUCACGGACCUGCCUCCAGCCUCCAGCCUGCUCUCCUGCAUCCUCCUCACUCUACGUCGCCCCAGUCGCCUGGCUGAUGCACUGUGCAGCUGCUGAGAGUUGCUGAGAGCUCCCUCUCUGCUGCCAUCUGUCGUCAGGAUCAUCUGAUUGCGUGCUCAGCACCACAGGCACGACCGCUCGGCAUUAAUAGGGCUACGUGGGCAUUUCAUUGUAAAACCGUGCAUGUCCACUAUGUCUGCUGCUUUGUGAUGCAUGACCUCGGCCUCCGGUGUACACACUAAAAAUGAUAGGUUUGACACUAAAUAGUCCCAGCUGGGAUUGAGGAUUAUUUAGAUUUAUUAUUUGGAGAGUUUUAUCAACUAUUUUGUUUAAGCUGUGUGUCCAGUAGAGCUUCAUUGUUGUUUCCUCUUUUGUGGAAAAUAAUUUGGAAUGGCAUUUAAGUAACACUUUGAGGUAAUGCCGUGUUUGGGCUUUGCUAGAUUUGCUUUUUAGAUUUUCAGAGAGUCCGUUUAAACUUUAUUGCCCAGAGAACAGUGGAAAAGUCAGGAAAUCUUGGAAACUAUUGGACAAGCCAGUUCGUUGAGCUUAAAUUUAGGGAUAUAAAUAUUAAUAAUAAAUAGUUCCACUAUGUAAAAUUUAAAAAUUUUACUGCAGAUACUCGCAAGUGGUUGUAUUGACAGAUACCUGAUUUCCAAUAGAAGAGCCCGUAUCCAGUGAAUUUGUCUGUCUUGACAUUUGCUGAAGGUUUGCUCCACUGACCCAAAUGCUGCAUUCAGUCAGAGCCAAGGGGCGGAUGUGUGACAUUAUUAGAGUUGACUGGAGCAGUAUCACAUACAAUCAUGUUGCACAAGAUGCAGGAUAUCUCUUCAUCAUAUCUUACCAGGUAUUCGUUGCCACUUGAGUUAUUCUUAAUACAGAAAGUCUUAACUUCCUCCUCUUGCUCAGGGUUUCAUGAAGUUAUUAACAUAUAUUGUAUGUAGCCUAUAGAGGUUAAUGUAAGAUAUUGAAACUAUAAGACUCUGAAGAUGUGAUGAUCACAUCUGUAAUGAUACGCUGAUUCAUAUGUGAUGUUUUUUUUUAAGAAUUUUCCUUUAGAUAUUUUCUUCUUUCUAUGCUUGACAUGACAUGAGUUGUGAUUUAACUUCUCCUACAGGUUGGUAAACCAAAGACUGUCGGGCACUUUAAUCAUACUAACCCUCGUUAUAUGGAGAUAUAUUAGUUAGAUGUAGUGGUUCAGACAUGAUGUGGAUGGUUUGUGUCUAACUAGCUAACCCUCCAAUCCUAUCCUCUUUGUGUCCCAGUAAGUGAUCAACUGGCUGGGUUUUUGAUGGAUGGAAGAUGCUCCUUGAGGAGGUACUGAAGCAAAUGAACACUGAAAAGUAAUCCAUUAAUCUAACCUCCACUAAUCUACAUACAAUAUGAGGGCAAGAGUCAUUGUCAUUGCCACAUGCUGGAUGUACACACCACAAGUAGCAUGCUAAUGCUAGCAUAUCGCUACAUCACGCGAUAUGCUACGUUAACAGUCAGUCGUGCGCUGAUGAGGUUAUUCCAACUUCAUGCAAACUAUUAAUUCUGUAGGUUAUGGAUUUAAAUGUUAGUAGGCAAUGCAGCUUGAUUUAUGUAGCACAUUUCAUACACAAGGUGCUUUACAUACAGAGAGAGAGACAGUUACAGCAUUACAAAAUGCCCAUUAACACCAGAAAACUAAAUUAAAACAAAAAAAGACAGAUGCAUAAAAUAAAAUAAAAACGCAUUAAAUAUAUAGGCAUUAAAUUCAGACGACAGGAUGAAAAUAAAUGAUGAAUCACAUUUAACAUUCAGUGGCUGUAUUGUGCGAAGGCAUAUGUCAUUAAUGUUAUCUUAAUAGUGUGGGGAUUCUUCUGCUGCCAUGUUUAUGAAUUACAUUCAAUCUAUAACAGCAUUGUUUUGCAGUUUUGAUUUCUUUUGACAUGAUGAAGUUUGCAUUAGACAACACACGUGACUGAAGCUCUGCAAACACUGUGUUGCUGGGACUGAUUUUCAUCUAUGGACAGUGAACCAAUCUUAGUCUCCAGUGCCUUGUGAAAACAUUUAUUGUGACGCCCACGAGUGUGAGUGUGCAAGAACUGAGCAAGCAGGCAGUGUUUACAGGUUGUGGCUGUAUUUAUUGCUUCAACAACAGCUUGUUCCACUUUUUGUCAUGUUGGUGUUCACAGCAAUCAUCAACCGAAGAACUAGUUUGUUUAAAAAAGAUUCAGCUUCUGAUCAAUUAUAAUUUCUUAAAUGACUUCUAUGCAUUCAAUGCUUAAGAAUUAAACCGGUCCCUCAGUUUAGUUGAAAUUGUGGCAUUUAAACUGUAUUUUAAUUAUUGAGCAAAUUCCGUGGUUCGACAUGGAUGUGCGUCAUUUGACAGAACCUGAAAAUGUAACUAUAUCGUAUUCUUGAGUUUGUUUGCUGUGGCUUUAAUUUUACACCUUAUCCUAUUUUAUUCUCGACCCGUUCAUCGUCUUUUGACUGACUUACAUGCAGCACCCUCACAACCUCUAACACUUCCGGGCCCUCGUCGUAUCGCAUCUGUUCUUUUCUCCAGUGGGACCUUUUUGUGGGGACAUUUCCUAUGUGAAAACAAUGUUUUUCUGAGAUAACUUCAAAGUGAGUCAUGAGUUAUGUACUGUAGCUGCAACAUGUGAAUUCAGAGCACCCCUUUAAAAUUCAAUAAAUAUGAUUUGAUAGACUUUGAACAA